AUGGUCUGGCCAUUCCACGCUAAUUCGUCACCUGUGAAACAAAAUGAAGAUAAGAUCGAGGAACAAGUAAUACAAGAAUUACCUAAAGAUCUUGGUGACUUCCUCAAGGCUAAGAACAGAGAAAGAUUCAGAUUCAAAGAUGAUACUGUGGAUGAAGAUUUCGGUUCUUUCAAGAAGUUUUAUAAUCCAAACACAAUAUCCAAGACAAAUUGUGCAGAGUUUGAACAAGCUAUAAUGGAUUGUUUUGAUAAAGGGUCAACAAAGGAAAAAUUGUCGAUGUGUAAGGAUCAAACUACAAGAUUGACUAAAUGUUUAGGAUUUCAAAAAAUUGUUAUUAAUAAAUUAGGUGUUGAUCAGAUUGAAUCUAAGGAUAAAUUUUACAAGAUUGAACAAGUUGCUGAUGAUAUUGGUUUAAAAUGGGAGUCAAAAGUUGAAGAUCCAAAUAUAUUACCUCAAGAAAUUUUGGAUGAUAUUUAUGAAAAAAGAGAUGAGAUUUGGAAAGAAUCAUAA